UCCCACACCAACCAAUCUAUACUUGCCUUCUCAAUUGUCAUGGCACCUAAAGCUUUUCUGCUCUUCUUUCUCGUUUCUCAAAUAGUCAUAGCACAAUCAGAUGAUCAUGAUCACCAAAAACAAUCCCCAUUCGAAUUCCUUAAGCAUCUUCAAGGAUGUCACAAAGGUGAGAAAAUCAAAGAUGUCAACAAGCUCAAAAAGUACCUCGAAAAGUUUGGUUACUUGAGCUAUGCCAACAAUCAUUCUCAUGCCAACGACGACGAUUUUGACGAUCUUUUAGAGUCCGCUGUCAAAACAUACCAACUCAAUUACCAUAUAAAGGCUACUGGUGUUUUGGACUCCAACACCAUAUCAAAAAUGAUGAUGUCUCGUUGUGGCGUGGCUGAUAUAGUCAAUGGUACAACUUCAAUGCGCGUGGGCAAGAAACGACACCUUCUAAGCUCUCGUAAUUUCCGCACAGUCUCUCAUUACUCUUUCUUUCGUGGAGAGCCCAAGUGGCCUGCUUCAAAAUACCAUCUCACAUACGGAUUCCUUCCUGGAACCAGAAGCGAUGCUAUCACCCCUGUUACACGGGCUUUCAUGACAUGGGCUGGCAACACACACUUCGACUUCACUCAGACGCAAGAUUACACAAAUGCUGAUAUUAUUAUUAGCUUUCACAGUGGUGAUCACGGCCACGGAAAUUCAUUUGACGGACGUGGUGGAACCUUAGCCCAUGCUUAUGCGCCACAAGAUGGACGAUUUCACUAUGAUGCGGAUGAACCGUGGUCCGUGGGUGCGACCCAAGGCGCCUAUGACAUGGAGACUGUUGCUUUGCAUGAAAUAGGACAUCUUCUUGGUCUGGGGCAUAGUUCUGUUGAAGGGGCUAUUAUGUUCCCUUCUAUUGCUACUGGAGUGACCAUGAGCUUGCAUGGGGACGAUAUACAGGGGAUUAGGGAUUUAUAUAACAUUGCUUGAAAGUGAAGGUACUUCAGAUUGAUUUCAAAUAAGGGCUACCUACGGGUGGAUUUUUCUGUUUUUCACAAGUAAUUAAGUCCAAAUAUAAUACAAUUUUCCGUGUAUUCUCAUAAUGUAUUUGUUUAUGUUGUUUGCCUUCUGUAAAAGUGUGAUGUUCGAUAAAAAAAAAUUUGAAUUCAGCAUUAUUGGUUUCUGUUCGAUAAAAAA